CAAAGUCACAGCAGUGUCAAAGUUUUUAAGUUCUCUCACAGAAGCACCGAAGAGCAGGAGAAACAAGAGAGAGAGAGAGAGAGAGAGAGAGAGAGAGAGCAAUGGAAGCUUCAAACACAGAGAAAUCGAUAGCACACGAAAUCGGAGGGCUCCAAAACGACACCCUCCGCUUCGGGCUCCACAGCGUCAAGGGCGAGAUCACCGGAUCCCACCCUCUUCAAUCCGCCUAUCAAUCUACGAAGGAGAUGCACGAGCAAAGGAAGAGGAGGGCCCUACUGAACUCGUACGGCUCGGCUUUUCCGCUGAAGAUGGACCUCGAUCGCCAAAUGCUUUCGAGAUUCCAGAGGCCACCAGGUCCAAUACCAUCUUCCAUGCUAGGGUUGGAGGCACUGACUGGAAGUUUGGAAGACUUUGGUUUUGAAGACUACCUUAAUGAUCCACGCGAGUCUGAAACAUUCCGCCCCCUGGACAUGCAUCAUGGAAUGGAAGUCCGACUUGGAGUUUCCAAGGGACCAGUUUGCCCCAGUUUCAUCUGAUUCAUCCCCAUACUUGCCAGAGAUAUUUAAGUUUCUAAGUCUGCGUUGCUGUUUUUGUGGAGAACUUAAUUUCUCGUAAUGUAAACUUGCCUUGAUUUGGUUUAGUUUUAUAUGACUGUUGAAUCGACUGUACCCUUACUUCUCUGCCCUGCUCAAUUAUCUAUUACCCAUGUUGCUGGUAUUGAGAAUAUCCAUUGCUGGCAUUCGGAGAUUUUUUUUUUACUUGGGGCUUGUUGAUCCAAAUUAUGAAGUCCAGGGCUUCUGAAUCCGUCUUUAUUGGCAUAUUGUCUGUUUAUGGUGUUGUGGCCUAUAAACUGGUGAUUUGUUGCAA